AAGAAAAGUGAACCAUACCUUUCAUACCAAACAAAAAAAAAAACAAUAUGUGAACUAUAAAUUAAAUAUUAUGUCCCUAGUUUGUGCACAUCCAUUCACUUAGAUUCAAUUAAUCAUCUAUCUAUGGCAAUUUCAAAAGAAAGAUAUGCUGUUGUUACAGGAUCAAAUAAAGGUAUAGGAUUGGAAACUGUUAAAAGAUUGGCUUCAAAUGGAAUUAAAGUUGUUCUUACUGCUAGAAAUCAGAAAAGAGGGAUUCAAGCUUUUGAGAAAUUGAAGAAAGAAUUUGAAUUUUGUAAUCUUGUUGUUUUUCAUCAACUUGAUGUUACUGAUCCUUUUAGUAUUGCUUCAUUGGUUGAGUUUGUUAAGACUCAGUUUGGAAGACUUGAUAUCUUGGUGAAUAAUGCAGGAAUCAAUGGUUUCAACGCAGACGAUAUGGUGGAACCAAUUAUUAAUUGGAGAGAACUGAGUCAAACUUAUGAGAUGGCUGAAAAUUGCAUAAUAACAAAUUACUAUGGUGGUAAAGAAACUACUGAAGCUUUUCUUCCUCUUCUUCAGUUAUCUGAUUCACCUGUGAUUGUUAAUGUUUCCUCGGCUGCAGGAUUAUUAAAGUACAUAUCAAAUGAAUGGGCUAGGAGUGUGUUAGAUGAUACCGAAAAUCUAACCGAAGAGCUAAUCGACGAGGUACUGAAAGAGUUUCUGAAAGACUUCAAACAAGGUUCACUUGAAAACAAGGGUUGGCCAACUUAUCUUUGUGCCUAUAAGCUCUCAAAAGCAGCUGUGAAUUCAUACACAAGGCUUCUAGCUUAUAGACAUCCAAACUUAUGUAUUAAUUGUGUUUGUCCGGGUUUUGUUAAAACAGAUAUGAAUAGAAACACAGGUGAUUUAUCUGUUGAAAAUGGUGCUGCUAGUGUUGUUAGAUUAGCAUUACUUUCGAGUAAUUCAACUUCUGGAAACUUCUUUGCUCGUCAAGAUUUGUCUUGCUUUUGAAUGGUUUUCAAUGUAUUAGAAGCUUGCAUAUUAAAAUGGGGGGAUAUGAUAGGAUAUAUGUCUUGGAUGGAUUUUUUUUUACCCAUUUGUUCAUUGCUGUUUAUUAAUCAAAUGAAAUGUGGGGAGUAUAUCUUUUCAAGUUUA